AUGAAGUUGACGGGCACGAAUCUGCCAGGUCGAGAAGAGAAGGAGAAGCACGAGAUGGAGAGACAGAUCGUUAAGCUCUUCUGUGGGAUCGUAGGUGCGCGCGGUUCGUUCCCGAUCGAAAAUAACGAGAUCAAGAAGGCGAGGCCGAACGCGUGCAGGAACACCGACGCCGACCAACUGCGGCUUUUUGUACCCAAGGAGGGCGGUGAAUGGCUUACGGAAGCCCAACUUAUGGAGGGUCUGGAUGCAGAUGUAACCAGCCGCAUGAAGGAACAACGCUUUGCGCAGGAGCCCAUCGGCGCGAUCGUCGCAUCAAGACAACGCAGCAGGCUCACUUCUCGUAGAAAGACGUUGGAGAAAGUUAAGGGCCCUUCUUCGACUCCAUGGCUCCUCCGUCGCGUGCAUUCGCCGACGCGGCUGCCGCUGCUCUUUGGGCUCUCCAGUGCUCCGGACGGAGCUGUUGAUGUCGCCACCGACACCUCGGGUCGUCGUCCGGCGCGCCAGGCUCGUUCGGCGGGUGCCCCCGCCCCUAUUGCCGCUGGUGCUGUGCCUCCAGCCCCGGCCGCGCCUGCCGGUGACCCUACGCUCAUUCCUGCCGCCUCCAGGACCUCGGUCGACACUCCACCGGCUCCUCCAGGUAGUCCUGAGUCUGCCGCUGGGGGGACCGAGACUCCCUCGCCGGAAGUUCCCAUGGAAGAGGCUCCCGACUCGCCGCCGACACCGCCGCCAAGCCCCAGCACUCCACCGUCGCCAACUCCCGCGCCUUCGGUCACGUUGGCAACUCGCGGGGCGUCGGUUCCUCCGACAGCGGUUGUCUUGGGCGAGCAGCAGAUGCUGGAGCUCGCUCGUCUCGUCGUGGGCGUUGCCCGUUUACCUCCAGCUCGAGUCAACGCUGUUCUCGACCGCAGCCUGCAAGCCGCCACUAACGUCGGUGAGGUGUUGGCUGCUGCCGUUGCUCCUCCGCGUCUCCCUCUUGCAGAGGCUGAUGAACUGGUGGCCCUCCGUCGCGAGAACGACCGGCUGCAGGCUGAGCUCUCCGACACCAAAGAUAAACUCGCUGAAGAGAUGAAUCUUCGGACCAAGUUGGACUACUUCCUCAUCUCGGCCAACUCCGAGUGCGACCAAGCUCUGUACCUCGUCCAGGAUAUGCGCGUCCAGCUCAGCAACGCCAGCGCUCAGUUGAUGCAAGCGAACGGGGUCAUCGCCCACCACGCUGAUGUCACUCAGUCGUUGGAGAAGCGGACGCUCGUUGCUGAGGCCGAUUCGGCCGCUGCUGUACGUCGGAACACCCAGCUCCACGAGCGUAUAAGUGCAAGCCUCGUUACCUACAACACUCAGUUGGAGAGGCUUCGGAAGCAGUUGGCCCACCGCGACCGAGCGAACGUCAUCCCCGCACGCAUUCAAGCGUUGACGGACGAGAACAACAGCUUGCGGCGAGCGAAUUCUAUCCUUCGUCGGCACUCGGCAGCACACGCCGGCAUCACCGCCGCAGAGAUCGAUUGGAAUUUUCUCGGGCUGUCCCCACCGACGGUCACUUCUACCGAGGCUACGUCCGCUCCCGCUGCUUCGGUGGGCACUUCUGCUGGUUCCCCGGUCUCCACUGAGUCGUCAUCGCGCAAGCGGGGUCGGCAAACCGAGUCUGCUUCCUCCUCGUUCGGCAUCAGGAGAGAUUUCUCCGCCUCCUCAGUCGAUGGUGCGUCCUUCAACGACGGCUCGCUCAAGCUGGUUGGAGUCUCAGCCCCUCCCGAAUCGUCUGACGUGGAGUUUGGAGGGGGUAUGAGUCCUAGUGAUGCUCCACAAGAUGACCUUGAGCCUGGCGAGAUUCCGGAGAUGUCGGCCGAUGCUCAGGGUGUUCAAGGUCCUAUUACGGAGCCUUCCGGUACCGUCAUCGAGGUUCCAUCCGAGAUUUCGCCUUCGGCGGCGACUUCUAUUCCUCCGCCGUCGCCUAAUGAGUCCGAGACCUCCGAGGACCGUGACGCGUUGUUCCUGGAGAUGUUCGGCCCCGACAAAAGAGAGGCAAUCUCGGUGGCGCAACCUGUCGCUCCUUCGGAGGCUCCUUCUCCUCUGGCUGCUGAGACCGGGGUUCCUGUAGCUUCACAAGCGGCCACCGUGUCACCCCCGAGUCGACUCCACACUCGGUCGGCCUCUGUUCACGCUCGGUCGAUGGUAACAGCAACGGUGACAGCUUCACCGAGGGAUGGACCUGCCUCGAUUGCUCCAGCCGUGGUUGACGCUUCUGACGUAGCUCCUGGAUCACGUAAGCUCAGUGGGCUUGCCACCCUGUUCCUGGAGCCGGGUUUCACGGCACCCGGGGCUGUCCCCCUCGUCUUCGAGGACGACUUGGUCGCCCCCAGUUCAGUGGAUGAAAUCGUGGAGUUUGGCUUGGGGACGGAUCCCGCUCACCCCUUCCAAGUGUUGCGCCAGCUUUUCCCAGAUGAGUCUUGUUUGAUCAACACGACGGUUCCGGGGUACUCCUACCACUCCACCGAGAAGGGCGACCUUGGUUUCGCCUUGUGGGAGCGACGCCACUGGAUUAGGGGUAAAGCCGUCAAGGCGUAUAUCGAUAACCUCGCCAGAAUCCUCGGUCAGCGCAACGUGCAAGUCCUAGCGCUUCGACAAGCGUGGUCCAAGUACCACCGAGAGCGCAGUUAUCGUGCAGAUCGCUUGCGAGACCAGAUGCUCCACAGGAUGUGGAAUGGGACCAUUACGUACGACGGACAACCUCCACAGCACCGCACCGAGGUUUUGCUGGAGCCGUCGUACUUGCAAUACUCGUUCGAGGUGAUGGAGUGGGUCCCCACUACCGACGACUGGGCCCCCGAGGUGGCGGACGUGGACGCCCGCGAGCCGUGGCGUAACUGUUGGUUCCAAGCGCCGGCCGACCACCCCUACAACACGGCUUUCGCCCCUUGCAACGACGUCCCGUUGUUCGUCCCCAACGGAUCGACUGGGGAGACCAUGGCGUCGUCGGUCGUGGUUGAAUCUUCUCUGCGGACUUCGAUGGUGGUCGCUCCAUGGGUGGCCGAGUUCGCAAACGCCCGUCGUUCUUGCUCUCCAAGCCCCGAUGAGGAGACGAAGGAGUUCGUGGCGCCUUAG